CCGGGGAAGUUGUCCAGGCUUAUUGGUCGCUGUUUCUACCAGGGCAAGGCUUACCAGCCUGGGGCUGCAGCGAAGCUGCUGUGACAACUGAGCACCUGUGGCAGGGCAGGGCCAGGGCACUGCAGUCCUUGACCCACUGAGGGUCUGCUCACAAGCCUGCUUGGCACGUCUGAUCAGUUCCGCAGUCUGAGCAGGAGUCGCAGCUCAUUUUGCCAAGAUGUCCAAGGUAGCCAAGUAUCGCCGGCAGGUGAGUGAGGACCCUGACAUCGACAGCCUCCUGUCCACCCUGUCUCCUGAGGAGAUGGAAGAGCUGGAGAAGGAGCUGGAUGUGGCGGACCCAGAUGGGAGCAUUCCCGUGGGGCUGCUGCAGAGGAACCAGACCGACAAACAGUCCACGGGCCUGUACAACCGGGAAGCCAUGCUCAACUUCUGUGAAAAGGAGACCAAGAAGCUGAUCCAGAGGGAGAUGUCCAUGGAUCAGGAGCUACAAGAUGAGCAUUUACAGAGAACCUUCUACAUUUCCGGCACCUCUGUCUUCUCUUUUAUUUUAAGCCUCAGAAGUCUUGGGGAGGAAAGCAAGCAAGCAGAGAGCCGUGCAGAUGCCAAGGAUGGAGGGGAAAGGGGCAGAGAUGCCAGCAAAAAAGCCCUGGGCCCCAGACAGGAUUCAGACAUAGGCAAGGAGCCGAAGAGGGACAAUUUAAAGAAGAGCUUCUCCAGAGACAAGGAGGAAGCUGGCGGUGGAAGUGAGGAGAAGCCCAAGGAAGAGAAGGUCCUCAGGGGCAUCGACAAGGGCCGGGUCAGGGCUGCAGUGGACGAGAAGGAGGCAGGGAAGGGUGGGAGAGAAGAGGAGAGGACAGCGGCCACCAGGAAGGAAGAGGAGAAGAAAGGGAGGGACAGGAACACAGGCUUGAGUAGGGACAAGGAGAAGAAGAGAGACGACGCGGUCAAGAAAGAGGAUGAGAAGGUGAAAAGGGCCAGCAGGAGCACAGACACCAGCAGCAGAGAGGACGAAAGGGUGCGAAGGGCAGGCAGAGACACAGACAGGACAAAGGAGGAUGAGGGGAUGAAAAGAGGCACUGGGGACAGGGACACGAAAAAGCAGGAGGACAAAGUCAAGAAGCAGGAGUCCCCGAGUGAAAAGGCAGCCAAGGAAGAGAGCAAGGCCCAAGCGGCAGAGCAGCAGGCCCCUGGGGGCUCGGGCAAGGCUGCAGAGGGGCCGGCCGGGGCAGAAGAGGAGGCAGCUCCCAGCAUAUUCGACGAACCUCUGGAGAAGGUGAAGAACAACGACCCGGAGAUGACCGAAGUGAACGUCAACAACUCAGACUGUAUCACAAAUGAGAUCCUGGUCCGGUUCACCGAGGCCCUGGAGUUCAACACGGUGGUCAGGGUGUUUGCCUUGGCCAACACGCGAGCUGAUGAUCACGUGGCCUUCGCCAUCGCCAUCAUGCUCAAGGCCAACAAGACCAUCACCAGCCUCAACCUGGACUCCAACCACAUCACGGGCAAGGGCAUCCUGGCCAUCUUCCGGGCCCUGCUCCAGAACCACACGCUGACCGAGCUGCGCUUCCACAACCAGCGGCACAUCUGCGGGGGCAAGACGGAGAUGGAGAUCGCCAAGCUGCUCAAGGAGAACACCACGCUGCUCAAGCUGGGCUACCAUUUUGAGCUGGCCGGGCCCCGGAUGACCGUCACCAACCUGCUCAGCCGCAACAUGGACAAGCAGCGACAGAAGCGGCUGCAGGAGCAAAGGCAGGCCCAGGAAGCCAGCGGAGAGAAGAAGGGGCUGCUGGAGGUGCCUGGGGUCGGGGCCCUGGCCAAGGGCUCCCCCAAACCUUCACCCCAGCCAUCUCCAAAACCCGCCCCAAAGAACUCGCCCAAGAAAGGGGGUGCUCCCCCUGCCCCGCCCCCUCCGCUGGCUCCUCCCCUUAUCAUGGAGAACCUGAAGAACUCACUGUCACCCGCCACGCAGAGGAAGAUGGGGGACAAAGUCCUCCCGGGCCAGGAGAAGAACUCGCGUGACCAGCUGCUGGCCGCCAUCCGCUCCAGCAACCUCAGGCAGCUGAAGAAGGUGGAGGUGCCCAAGCUGCUUCAGUAGGACCAGGCUGCCAGGCUCUGAUGCCAGCACCAUGACUGUCCAGACUCACGUCCUAGGGCUGCACAGACCCCGCCACCCCACCCUGGCUGACCUGCUGUGGCUGUCUUAUUCGGCCAUGGGAGCGCUAGAGGCCUGGGCCACGCACGAGGCAGGACGUCUCAUCUCUUCUCACUUUCCUUUUCUUGUCUCUGAGGCUCUCCAAGAAUUGCUUUGAUGCCUGGAGCUGAGGUUUCUGGACAAGAAGAGUCCUUCUAGCACAUCACAGAGAAGAUGGCACUGCCCAGGGCCCAUGGAGCUGGCACACUGCAAAAGGCCUGUGAUCCAGGAAAGAUGUCUUCCAGGGGCCACGUAUCCAGCCCAGCCCCACUGCCCUCCAGGGCAAGGAUUCAGGCCUCUGAGGAGCCCUUAGGGCAAAGCUGCUGGGCCCGUGGCACUGUGUGGGGUAAUAGCAGAGAGAUUACAGGCACGGGGGUCCAUGGGGAGGCAGAUGGCCUGGACGUAAGACAGUGCAUGCUGGGGAGUGGGCUCCAGAUGGGAGGAGAUGGACAGACAGCAGCUGGACCUGAAGGUUUGAUGCCAAAGCAGACAUUUUCCUCACACCCACCUGCUGCUGUAUAAAUAGCUGUGUAUCUGUUUUUCCAUAAGAUUUUGAUAAUAUAUACAACCUUUAGCUGCAAGUGA